AUGAAGAACCUUGGCGUCGAAUCUGCUAGUAUUUAUGAAUAUCACCCUGCGAUAACACGUCGAAGCUGUCUGGCCAGUCUUAUUGCAAUAUGUCUUUAUUCUGGAACCACAGUAUGUAGCGGUCUUCUUGUAGAGAAUGAUCCACCUCAGCUCCUACUUGCGCAAAAUCUCGCAACCAUCUCAUUCUCAAAUGAAUGGCAGCUACUUGGCCCUUUCCAAUGUGGUACCCGAGAGGCUGUCUGGGGGUCCGAUCCCUUGGAAUCUCAUGGUGGUUUUCAUAGCCUUUCUUUUGAUACAAAUGCAAGCUUCAACAGCGCGCUAGCAGUCAAUGGGAGCGUCAAAUGGAAAACAGCCCGAGCUCUCACACAAAACUUUGCUCCAGAGCAAGCUAGAGCGGAGCUCCAUGUGAGUUUUCCAGAAAUAGACUGGAACUUCACGCGAGCUGUCUAUGGAUGGUCUGCUCUACAAUAUCAGGCCUGGGCGCGCGGAUCGUUGAAUAUUAGCCAUUGGGCGCCUCAGUCUGUGGCAAUGUUCACAAGCGGGCUCCUUGAGAUUGUGAUUGAUGGCAAGCGGCAUUUCGGAGGAGAUUUUUAUGACUAUGGCACAGUACCCAUCAUUCUUGAUUUAAGUCCAGGUGACCAUGUGGUUGAACUGCGGCUUAUUCGCGAUGUUCGAGCUUCGGGCGCGAUAGGAGAGCCCACGAUCGUAGUGUCGCUUGCCGCGGAAAUACGUAAUGAACCUCUUAGUGUCGAUAAAGAAAGUCUGCUGCUGCCCGACAUGUGCCGUGGCAAGCUCGGCACACCGUGGGCAUCAAUCAACCUACAUAAUAACAUCGCGGAUCGGAUUGAGGUCCUUGCCAUCAGCUCAAUUGGUGUUGGUGUCAAUUCUCUAGCUCUUUGGAAGAUACGAAAGAAGAGUGACACGUACUUAGGGCCGCCGGCAUAG